CGAAGCGGGAAAAACGCUGUUAGGGUUUAACUCAGGCCCUGACUCCUUGAACGAAUUAGCAGAAAAGUCUCCCGCAGGAGCCUGGUUUGGCUCCUACUUUUCGGCCCGCCCAGUUCUCUGAGCGUGCGGCGGACGACGCAGGAACGACUCGGCGCGCGCGCGGGAGCGAGCUUUGAAAGUUGAGCACGGCGGCGGCGAGCCGGCGGCCUGGGGAUCAUGGUGGCGCUGCGGGGCCUUGGUAGCGGCCUGCAGCCGUGGUGUCCGCUGGAUCUUAGACUCGAAUGGGUUGACACAGUGUGGGAACUGGAUUUCACAGAGACUGAACCUUUGGAUCCCAGCAUAGAAGCAGAGAUCAUAGAGACUGGAUUGGAUGCAUUCACAAAACUCUAUGAAAGCCUUUUACCCUUUGCUACUGGAGAACAUGGAUCUAUGGAGAGUGUCUGGACCUUCUUCAUUGAGAACAACGUUUCCCAUAGUACACUGGUGGCAUUGUUCUAUCAUUUUGUUCAAAUAGUUCAUAAGACGAAUGUCAGUGUACGGUAUCGAGAAUAUGGCCUUCACGCCGCUGGGCUUUACUUUUUGCUGCUAGAAGUACCAGGCAGUGUAGCCAAUCAAGUAUUCCACCCAGUGAUGUUUGACAAAUGCAUUCAGACUCUAAAGAAGAGCUGGCCUCAGGAAUCUAACUUGAAUCGGAAAAGAAAGAAAGAACAGCCUAGGAGCUCUCAGGCUAAUCCCGGCAGGCAUAGAAAAAGGGGAAAGCCUCCCAGGAAAGAAGAUAUUGAGAUGGAUGAAAUUAUAGAAGAACAAGAAGAUGAGAACAUUUGUUUUUCUGCCCAGGACCUUUCUCAAAUUCGAAGUGCCAUCUUUCACCUUUUAAAGAAUUUUUUAAGGCUUCUGCCAAAGUUUUCCUUGAAAGAAAAGCCACAAUGUGUACAGAAUUGUAUAGAGGUCUUUGUUUCAUUAACUAAUUUUGAGCCAGUUCUUCAUGAAUAUCAUGUUACACAAGCCAGAGACCUUAACCAAGCAAAAUACAUACCAGAACUGGCUUAUUAUGGAUUGUAUUUGCUGUGCUCUCCCAUUCAUGGAGAAGGAGAUAAGGUUAUCAGUUGUGUUUUCCAUCAAAUGCUCAGUGUAAUAUUAAUGUUAGAAGUUGGUGAAGGAUCCCAUCGUGCCCCCCUUGCUAUUACCUCCCAAGUCAUCAAUUGUAGAAACCAGGCGGUCCAGUUUAUCAGCUCCCUUGUGGAUGAGUUAAAGGAGAGUAUAUUCCCAGUCCUCCGUAUCUUACUGCAGCACAUCUGUGCCAAGGUGGUAGAUAAAUCAGAGUAUCGUACUUUUGCAGCCCAGUCCCUAGUCCAGCUGCUCAGUAAACUUCCUUGUGGGGAGUACGCUAUGUUCAUUGCCUGGCUUUACAAAUACUCCCGAAGUUCCAAGAUCCCACACCGGGUUUUUACUCUUGAUGUUGUCUUAGCUCUGUUAGAACUGCCUGAAAGAGAGGUGGAUAACACCCUCUCCUUGGAGCAUCAGAAGUUCUUAAAGCAUAAGUUCUUGGUGCAGGAAAUUAUGUUUGAUCGUUGCUUAGACAAGGCGCCUACUGUCCGCAGCAAGGCACUGUCCAGCUUUGCACACUGUCUGGAGCUGACUGUUACCAAUGCAUCGGAGAGUAUUCUGGAGCUCCUGAUGAACAGUCCUACAUUUUCAGGAAUAGAGAGUCACUCUGGUACCUUACUGAGAAAUUCAUCAGCUCUUUUCUACCAAAGGCAGACAUCUAACCAUUCCGAACCCUCAGGGGAGAUCAACAUCGACUGCAGUGGUGAAACAGUUGGAUCUGGAGAAAGAUGUGUCAUGGCAAUGCUGAGAAAGAGAAUCAGGGAUGAGAAGACCAACGUUAGGAAGUCUGCACUGCAGGUGUUAGUGAGUAUUUUGAAACACUGUGAUGUCUCGGGCAUGAAGGAAGACCUGUCGAUUCUGCAGGACCAGUGUCGGGACCCUGCGGUGUCUGUCCGGAAGCAGGCCCUCCAGUCUCUUACUGAACUCCUCAUGGCUCAGCCUAGAUGCAUGCAGAUCCAGACAGCCUGGCUGCGGGGGUUGGUCCCGGUGGUGAUGGACUGUGAGAGCACUGUGCAGGAGAAGGCCCUGGAGUGCCUGAACCAGCUGCUGCUGCAGAACAUCCGGCAUCACAGUCAUUUUCACGCUGACGACGACAGCCAGGUCCUCACCUGGGCACUUCUUACUCUCCUCACCACAGAAAGCCAGGAACUGAGCCGAUAUUUAAAUAAGGCUUUUCAUAUCUGGUCCAAGAAAGAAAAAUUCUCAUCCACUUUUGUAAACAAUAUAAUAUCUCACACUGGCACGGAACAUUCGGCACCUGCCUGGAUGCUGCUUUCCAAGAUUGCUGGCUCCUCACCCAGGCUGGACUACCGCAGAAUAAUACAGUCCUGGGAGAAAAUCAGCAGUCAGCAGAAUCCCAAUUCAAACACCUUAGGACACAUUCUGUGUGUGAUGGGGCAUAUUGCAAAGCAUCUUCCUAAGAGCACCCGGGACAAAGUGACUGAUGCUGUCAAGCGUAAGCUGAGUGGAUUUCAGUGGUCUCUAGAGGUGAUCAGUUCGGCUGUGGACGCUUUGCAGAGGCUUUGUAGAGCAUCUGCAGAGACACCAGCAGAGGAGCAGGAAUUGCUGAAGCAGGUGUGUGGGGAUGUCCUCUCCACCUGUGAGCACCGCCUCUCCAACAUCGUUCUGAAGGAGAAUGGAACAGGGAAUAUGGACGAAGACCUGUUGGUGAAGUACAUUUUUACAUUAGGGGAUAUAGCCCAGCUGUGUCCAGCCAGGGUGGAGAAGCGCAUCUUCCUUCUGAUUCAGUCCGUCCUGGCUUCGUCUGCUGAUGCUGACCAUUUACCAUCAUCUCAAGGCAGCAGUGAUGCCCCAGCAUCUCAGCCACCCUCCCAGGUCAGAAGUUCUGUCAUGCCCUCUGUGAUUAGAGCACAUGCUAUCAUUACCUUAGGUAAGUUGUGCUUACAGCAUGAGGAUCUGGCAAAGAAGAGCAUCCCAGCCCUGGUGCGAGAGCUCGAGGUGUGUGAGGACGUGGCUGUCCGCAACAACGUCAUCAUUGUGAUGUGCGAUCUUUGCAUUCGCUACACCAUCAUGGUGGACAAGUAUAUUCCCAACAUCUCCAUGUGUCUGAAGGAUUCUGACCCAUUCAUCCGGAAGCAGACACUCAUCUUGCUUACCAAUCUCUUGCAGGAGGAAUUUGUGAAAUGGAAGGGCUCCCUGUUCUUUCGAUUUGUCAGCACUCUGAUAGAUUCACACCCAGACAUUGCCAGCUUCGGGGAGUUUUGCCUGGCUCACCUGUUACUGAAGAGGAACCCUGUCAUGUUCUUCCAGCACUUCAUUGAGUGUAUUUUUCACUUCAAUAACUAUGAGAAGCAUGAGAAGUAUAACAAGUUUCCCCAGUCCGAGAGAGAGAAGCGGCUGUUUUCAUUGAAGGGAAAGUCAAACAAAGAGAGACGAAUGAAAAUCUACAAAUUUCUUUUAGAGCACUUCACAGAUGAACAGCGAUUCAACAUCACUUCCAAAAUCUGCCUUAGUAUUUUGGCGUGCUUCGCUGAUGGCAUCCUACCCCUGGACCUGGAUGCCAGUGAGUUACUCUCAGACACAUUCGAGGUCCUCAGCUCAAAAGAGAUCAAGCUUUUGGCAAUGAGAUCUAAACCAGACAAGGACCUCCUUAUGGAAGAAGAUGACAUGGCCUUGGCAAAUGUAGUCAUGCAGGAAGCUCAGAAGAAGCUCAUCUCACAAGUUCAGAAGAGAAAUUUCAUAGAAAAUAUUAUUCCAAUUAUCAUCUCCCUGAAGACUGUGCUGGAGAAAAAUAAGAUCCCAGCUUUGCGGGAACUCAUGCAGUAUCUCCGGGAGGUGAUGCAGGAUUACCGAGAUGAGGUCAAGGACUUCUUUGCAGUUGACAAACAGCUGGCAUCAGAGCUUGAGUAUGACAUGAAGAAGUACCAGGAACAGCUGGCUCAGGAGCAAGAGCUGGCAAAACAUGCAGAUGUGACUGGGACGGCUGGAGGUGCCGAGGCGGCACCUGUGGUACAGGUUGCUCCGUGUUUAGAAACAGCGCCAGUUCCUGCUGGCCAAGAAAACCCCGCCCUGUCACGUGCUGUGAGCCCGCCCUGCACACACAGGGCGAGUGCUGGCCGUGUACCAGUGUCGUCUCCUGCACCUGAAACUGGGCCGUCGCAGAGGUUGCUGCCCAAAGCCAGACCCAUGUCCCUGAGCACCAUUGCAAUCCUGAAUUCUGUCAAGAAAGCUGUGGAGUCAAAGAGCAGGCAUCGGAGUCGGAGCUUAGGAGUGCUGCCUUUCACUGUAAAUUCUGGAAGCCCAGAGAAAACGUGCAAUCAGGUGUCUUCAUACAGUUUGGAGCAAGAGUCAAACGGCACGAUUGAGCAUGUGACCAAGCGGGCCAUCAGCACCCCCGAGAAGAGCAUCAAUGAUGUCACGUUUGGAGCAGGGGUCAGUUACAUCGGGACACCACGGACUCCUUCAUCAGCCAAAGAGAAAAUUGAAGCCAGGAGUCAAGGAAAUGACAUCUUAUGUUUAUCAUUGCCUGACAAACCGCCCCCACAGCCUCAGCAGUGGAAUGUGAGGUCUCCAGCCAGGAAUAAAGACACUCCAGCCUGCAGCAGGAGGUCCCUGCGAAAGACCCCCCUGAAAACAGCCAACUAAACAGCGCAUCCCCACCAGUGUCCGGGCAGGCAAGAGCCCCUCAGGAAGCCGUCUCGUGUCCUCUGUGUGGACAGGCAGCUGGAUCACUUCCCGCAGUCCUUGGGCAGCGCUUUGCUGUGGAACACGAGAGCUCCUCCUCAGGGGCCUGGCACUCACCUGCGUUUAGCCGGCCAGCCCUUUCUAUGCUGUAUGAUGUAUAUGGUUAAACACUGUAAAAUAGAGAUGUGCCAAAUUUAGAUUUUCUUACCCUAAGCCUAAUCUAUUUAAUAUUAUAACUUUAUUCCAUUUGAAAGUGUCAAGCCCAUGCAGAUAAGCUAUAAUCUGGUCUUUAAGGAACACAACUUUAAAACUUCAGCUUUCUUUUAUAUAAAUCAAGCCUCUGUUAACUUGAAUUCCUUAUAGUACAUAUUUUCCCAUCUGAAAUGACAAAAUAUUGAUUGUAAUAUUUUUUCUAUUAUUUAUAAUUGCAAAUUUUUAAAAUAUACAGCUUUCUAAAAGUAAUAAAGGUUUAGGAUAAAUACAGCCUUCCAGUAAAUAGAAUGUUUGUUUUUAGAACAGAGCUCUUACUGGUAAUCAUUUUAAUUUUACAUAAAGCAUGUUAGAGGAAUGAAACCAAAUCUUCCCUAUUAGAAAAAAAAAGAUUGUCUUGAGGGGCAGUUCAUCUGUGCCCAUGCAGAGGCCAUGUGCUUUCUAUAACAGACAUAAAGAGCAUCGCUGCUUGUGAAAAAAUAGCUUUGCGGCCUUCCCCAGAGCAGCACUGAUGGCGAUUUGUGCAGCCCUCUGCUAAGGGCUGUUCCCAUGAUGGGGGGACGGCUUGAGUCUCUUCUGUUCACUCUGUUGGGUAAACUUAACGAUAUUUUUGUUCAAGAAUAUCCAAAAAGAAAUGCAGUUGGCUUGUUUUUUAAUCCCAGUAUUACAAAAGCGAAAGUACAAAGUGAUUAUGUGCGUUGGUUGGUUUGGGGGAUGGAUGGGAUGCCACUGAGCUCUGCCCCUGCUAUCCUAAGUGGGAACUGCAGCGCAGGUGGACUCGGUGGAGAAGAGGCGCAGCACUGCUCUGGAGCACACAGGCUGACCUGCCCAGGCACUGACUCCCCUGGUGGAUGGCUGACAGCAUUUUUAGUGCGCGCGCCUAACCACUGAAAUGCUAGGAAGAAGAGACAAACACGAGAGCAAACAAGAAAGAAUGAAGCAAUGUUUGGGUUUUUUUGAAGCUUUUAUAAAUGAGGUUAAACCAAUACCAAAUUACAGGUGUGUUAGUACAAGUCUGUAAUAUCUAUGUACAGCAACAUCCAUCCCAAGGCAGAAUCAGCCUCGUAUCGGCCUCGAGUCUUGAGUCACAUUCGUAUCUUAAAAUACACGAGUGUUCCUUUUCUGUCUAGUCUCAGUUAUAGGCAACUACUUCCCAGACUCCACUUUCACUGCUCUCUACUUUGUCCGACCUGGUUCCCAUGGCACUAGUGUGGAAAGUUUUAGGGUGUAAGAAGAGGGGGCAAUAAGGCUACCCUAUCACUAUGACAACCAAGAAAGAGGCUGGAGCGUCAUUCCCCAACGCUGAGGGUGGGGAACCAUCCCUCUCUACCACGGUGGCAAUGAUGGAGGGAACUUGCAUGCCCAGUAUCCAGGAUGCCAUGCAGAAGACACCAGGGAGCACUGAGCCACUCUUGGAGCAUUUCCUGCCUCUGCCAGGCGGCCUGCAGCUAAGUGUUUCACGUAACUGAAAAAAGUCAACACCGUCUCAUGUACGCAAUUCAACAAAAGCUGUCAAAGUAUAAAAAACUCAAGACACUGGAAGCUGAAAGACAAGGUGACUAGUGAGAGCCACUCUUCAGGCACACAGUGGAGUGCUCCUCCUGAGCAGCUCCUUGCUUUAGAGCACUUCAGUCCUGGAUCCAGCACGGCAGGGCGUAUGAGGCUGAGAACACAGGGUUCUGAGUGAUGUUUCUAAUGUCCCCCCACAAAUGGGAGCAGUGUCUCCGGCAGAUGAAAAAUUUAAAGUCAAAAAUUAGAAAACUGCUUUUGAUUCAGGCAUUUCGCUUUCCUCCCCACCAGGCCUUUCACCUGGCUGCUCCACCUGACAUUCUUCAAAAGGCUGGACUGGCUGUGGCUGCCACUCCAUAAUGGUUGUUUUGAAAUGAGACAGAGCCUGUGGCGUCUGGGUGCUUUCUCUGUGGCAAAGAGGAACAGUGGGAUCCACGUUCUUUUAAAAAUAUUAUUGUACUUGACAGACUUGAUUUCACAAUUGCCUUUGGCCUUAGACAGUCUUAACAAAUAAUUAAACAAACU